AUGAUACUCGUAGCCAAUGCUAAUGAGGAUGACCAAGACAGCUAUACUGCCGGCAGGAUGGCAGGUUCCGCACAGGAGGAAGCCAGAGUGCUAGGUGCGUGGACACCAUCCACACUGCAUUCAUCAUCAUAUGAGAAGCUCGCGCAAAAGAAACCUAAACUUACGGAUCAUCUCUCAAUCACCAUAGGGCCCAUUAUGAUCAUAAUAUUUGACAUUGUGGUCCCCUGCAUAAUAUACUACAUUUGGUUCGAUAUCCAUCGAUCCCACUGGAAGAGCGCCUGUCGAUCCUACGAGGCAUGCCGUUUCACGAAGCCUGAAUUCGACAAGCAGGUCUUAGGCUACGCUAUUAUCUCCUUUGGCUUAGGCGAGCUCUACAUUCUGAUUGCCCGGGUCUGUCGCCUUCUUUGGCACCCAGAUGAGUGUGCUCCUUUGCUAUCACGCUCGCGAUGGGAACUCGAUGCUACAUCCUGGGUAUAUGGUGUGGCCAUGAUUUGCGCCUUAAUUCCAUUCGUUAUCGGUAGCAGCAAGGAACUCCCCGAGCUCUAUCUCUACUCCCCGGGGGUCCUCAUGGCAUUUCUCGGAAUCCUGAUGCUCAUCACUCUCAUCCCGCUGAAGAUUCCCAUUGGUAUCAACUCACAGGCAAAGGGGACGCCAUUGCGGCCGUUGGUAUACUACGCGGCUGAAGACUUCAUAGCUGUUGAUGGCUUGCAGGAUCGCGAGUUCCGCAUACGGUACAAUGCACGUUAUGAUUCGUCAAAGGCUUUCAGGCGCAUGCUUCUCGGUCUCACUAUCUGGUGGAUCUUUGGAGUCUGUGUCUAUUUAGGGAGCUUAUCGGCCAUAAUAUGGAUCAUGGAAUUCCACUAUGCGUUUGGAUUAUCCCUAGGGAUUCUCUUCGCGUAUAUUCUUAUUUGGGCAGCAGUGUCAUAUAUCUGGCUGCAGAUCGGAAUAAAUCGAGAGCGCAAGGUACAGGAGAUAUCCGUAUGA